AUGGCUCUGCAGCAGGCCGGUGCGUGCGCGCGAGCUCAAAUCUCGGUGCGCGCAAUGUGCGGCGCUCAGAACACGUCACGCGGCUCAUGGCUCGGCUCCGCGACGGCUGCGGACACUCGCGACUAUAGUGUCCACACGCAGAUGGUCGUCGAGCUACUCACCGUGCCAGCGAGCUCGCGGCCUGCUCCCACUCCGAGCCGCACGGAUGACGAGGCUGCACCGAGAAGCGGACUGCCGGCCACGAACGCUGAGUGCGGGGGCCGCCAGCCGCACGCUUUGAAUCGAAUGUUCCGAACCCCAGUGGAAGCUCAACGCGGGCUGAACGCUUUUGCGCGUCCUCACGGCUAUGCCAUUGUGUACAAAGGGACUAGCUAUGACAAGCGUCACCGGAAGCGGCUCAUCCGCUACGGCUGCGAUAGGCACGGCGUUCCCCAGAGCCAACGCGAGCACUUCAACCCGCCUAAGCGGCCAAAUGUCGGGCUGGCCAACACAAUCAUCCGCCAUCCUCGCACGCAGCUUCGCAUCCGAUGCAUCGUCGAGCGUCACACACAGAAGCCGCCCGCCUCGCGAUUGCAGUGGAUGGAGAAACUGGCGCUACCGCGAGACAGACUAUCGCACGUCUACUGGAUCGAGCGGCUACUCCAGAAGCUACAAGAUGGACCUUUUCAAGUGAGCUAUCAGUAUGACGAGCACCAUCACUUGGCCCAUCUAUUUUUCGCUCACAACGACGCCAUUAACAUCUACCGAGCCAACUACGACGUUAUCAUCAUGGACUGCACGUACCGCACAAAUCGGUUCAACAUGCCCCUGUUUAACAUUGUGGGGGUGACAGGAAUGAACACGACGGUUCACAUCGCCCACAAAGAAUUGAAGAUCGCCGAGCUCGCAGAGCUCUGGAGCGCCGCGCUUGUCGACAUGCAGCUGGUAAUGGCCCGCGAGAUGCCUUCACACGCGCGAGGUACGCUGGUCGAGGAGCUACGAGUACGGCUCUGCCGGUGCCACUGCGAAGACCGAGUUGUUUCGAUCGAGACCUGGACGCUCCUGUUCGUGGAGGAGCCCGACCGCUACUUCGGCAAUGUGUGCGAGCUGGACACCAUCUUCACCCCCCACAAGGCGUAUUACAUUCAGAACGAGCUGUUCACCGGCUACUCCCGGCAGGAGCUGAGCAAGGAGGCGAUCUUGCGCAUCUGCGCCCACCUAAGCUACUCGACUCCACAGCGAAUGUCCAAGCGCGAUGCCGAAGGCACGACGGCGGAAACAAGCGGCAGGGAGGACGCCAAGAGCACGACAGGGACAGCGGGGUGUGGCAAGACUCCAAGAACGACAGAUACAACGGCGGCUUGA